AUGAGGCAAAAGAAUUCAACAUCACUGCCUGUGUUCAUCUUGAUGGGAAUCACACUGAACACAGAGCUUCAACUUCCGUUGUUUGCAGUCUUCUUCAUCAUCUAUGUGGUCACUGUGGUGGGAAACCUGGGCAUGAUCAUUCUGACUAAGCUGGACUCUCGCCUACACACCCCUAUGUACUUUUUCAUCAGGCACCUAGCUUUCAUUGAUCUUGGAAAUUCCACCACCAUCUGCCCCAAGAUGCUGGUGGAUUUUGUUGGGGAUCAGAAAACCAUUUCUUUCUACGCGUGUGCCACACAGUUAUCAUUCUUUCUUCUGUUUAUUAUCAGCGAAUUCUUUAUCUUGUCAGCAAUGGCAUAUGACCGCUAUGUGGCCAUCUGCAGCCCUCUGCUGUACAGUGUGAUCAUGUCUCAGAGAGUUUGCAAUGUGCUUGUGGGCAUUCCAUACCUCUACAGCACCUUCCAGGCUCUGCUGUUCACCAGUAAGAUUUUCACACUCACUUUCUGUGGCUCCAACAUCAUCAGCCAUUUCUACUGUGAUGAUGUUUUCCUGUUGCCUUUAUUGUGCUCAAAUGAUGAAGAAAUACAAUUGCUGAUCAUAUUGUUUUCAGCACUGAAUUUGAUCUCCUCUCUUCUGGUAGUCCUUGCAUCAUACGUUAUGAUACUGCUGGCCAUUUGUCAUAUGCGUUCUGCACAAGGCAGGAAGAAAGCUUUCUCUACCUGCGGUUCUCAUCUGACAGUGGUUGCGGUGUUCUAUGGGACUCUGCUUUUUAUGUACUUGCAGCCUAAACCCACUCACUCCCUAGAAAAUGAUAAAAUAGCCUCUUUGUUUUACACUUUAGUGAUCCCCAUGCUUAACCCCUUAAUCUAUAGUUUAAGGAACAAGGAAGUGAAAAAUGCCUUCUACAGGGUAUUAAAUAAUCAAUUUAAAAUUAACACUUAA